GCAAUCUUUAUGCGGUGGGUUUGAAUUUCAGCUGAACAAAGAGAAGCUGCCAAAAGAGAACUGAGAGAUCAAAGUCAAAAAAAUCUUCUUUUGCAUCAAAACAAAAUUAGGGUUUAUCCAUAAACAGUUCCCAGAAGUUCUCCUUUGGCUCCCAAAACCACCACAGCCUUAAAACAUCAUCAUCACAGCUUCCCUCAGAUUCUUUUGAUCACUCAGCAGAAAGCUCGAUUCUUUAUAAUUGGAAAUCAACAAGGGUCCGAUGAAUUCACAUCUCUUCCGCGUAAUCUGUAUACUCCAUUCGAUAAUCGCACUUACAAGUGGAACCCUGAUGAUGUUCUACACAGAGAAAGCUUCCAUCUUUGGUCACGGUAGUGAUAUAGCAAACAAGCUCAAAGGAUCAACGCCUCACGACGAGCAACUCAUCCAGAUUUCUCAGUCAUUCUCUGGUUUGCUUCUAUUCGCAAUCGGACUGGUCUUGUUCAUGGUGUCGUUUGUGAAAGACAGAGAGUUUCAUAACUUCUUUGCUGGAGGUUCUGUGAUUCUCUAUAUCCUUAUGGCUCUAUGGAGAGUUAUGUUUGAGUGGAAGAUUGAAGAUCUUGCUUUUGAAUGUCCCAAGCAAGCCCUUGGAGACAUUGCUUUAGCUGUCUCAUGGGUGUUCUUCCUCGUUUAUACAUGGAGAGAGAAGUACGAUUGAUGUUUUUUUUUUGUUUUCUUCUUAAUUUUGUGGGCUAAUGCAAAAGAUGAUGUGUUUUGUUAGAAAGUGGAGAUCAAACUAUUGUUGGAUUAUGUAGAUUCAGAAGAUCAGCAAGUGUCAAUGAAAAUGGUUUAUUUUUUUUCAA